AUGGCGAAGAAUACAUUUGAAGAGCAAAGAUAUCAACUUAACAUAAAAAAUAACCCACUGUUGAUGGAAGUUUCCGCUUCUAAAAAGCCAUGCAGUGACCUAGUGAACAGUGGGGCUGAAGAGCUAUCGGCUGUGAAAACGCUUACUAACAUGGUAAAUACAAAAAAUAAAGCGUCUGACAGUGGAAAUGGGAAAGUUAAAAAGACCAGGGUACAUGGAAAGCAUCAGAUGGCAGCUUGCUGCCAUUGUAAGAAAAAAAGAAAGAAAUGCGACGGAGGAUAUCCUUCUUGCUCCCCAUGCGUAGCUGCAAAAGUGGUGUGUACAACGAUUGACAUCCCUACAGGAAGAGAAAUUCCCAGAAACUAUUUGCAAAUAUUGGAAUCAAAAAUAAAUGAGCUGGACGAUGCUUUAAAAAAUGCAAGCUCUUCGAUUACUAUUCGCGAUGAAGAUAGGGCAACAGAGUCCCCCGAUAGUUUGGGAAAGGAUCAAGAUCUUGCCGAAGAAAAUAUGGAGAAUGCUAGGGAUAAGGGCCUUCCACUAGAGAUGGGAUAUAUUACCCUCGCUGCUGCCGCAGAGCCUAGAUUUAUCGGGGCAAGCAGCGCGUAUUCGAUAGCGAAAGCCAUCCAUCACGCUAUUCACUACUAUGAACAACAAAAGCAAAUACCAGAUGAAGUGGAGACGGAGUCGAGGUUUGAUUUACAGCCAUCUACAGAUAAUCAGCUUUCCGAAUCAAGCUUCGUAAAGCCAGCAAGAUCAGAAGGCUAUCGUCUUCUUAAAGCGUAUCACUAUGGCGUUCAAUGUCAAUAUCCUUUUCUUGACUGGCACUGGAUAGUCGAUUGCUUUCAGAAAGUAAUGAAUGAUGAAACAGAAGAGGAUGAACCACUUUUUUUCAUUUAUAUGAUUUUUGCUGUCGGAAGCCAACUUCUCGAGCACGCAGCAGGGAGUUCUUCUGUACGCUUCACGAGAGCUUACUAUAAUAAAGCAUUUGAUUAUAUCUCAAUAAUUGUGGAAAAUACAAACUUGCGGUUGGUGCAAGCCUAUCUGCUUCUCAGCGUUUUCUCUCAAAAAAUGCCUUAUGGUAGCUCAAUUUGGCAAACUACCGGGCUGGCGAUCCGCACAUCUGUUGCUCUGGGGCUACAUCGAGAACCAUAUCAGAAGAAAAUGCACAGGCUGCCGAAAAGCCCAGAGACCGCGCAAGAGCUGAGAUCAAGAGUCUUUUGGUGUGCUUACAGUAUGGAAAGAAUCAAUGGAUUAGUUCUUGGCCGACCAUUUAGUAUCGCUGAUGUGGACAUCGAUACUCCUUUACCUCAAUCUGAGGAAUAUUCUGUCGCAACACAUGUUUUUAAGCUUAGAAUAUUGCAAUCAAGCAUUUGUUCGUUCGUUUACAAACCAAGAAAGUAUUUGCUAGAUGUGGAUGACACUGAUUCAACGCGCCAUCAAAUUAUGUUGGAGUUGAAUGAUUGGAAAAGAACCUUCCCGUACAAAAAGGAUGCAAAGACGACUUGGGAAACUGAUAACUGGUGUACAAUCUCUUAUCAUAAUUCAGUUCUGCUACUUCUACGACCUGUGGUGUUAGAAGUUGCGGAGAAGAAGAAAGAUACGCCUACAACUACAAUCGAAUGGUUUAGAAUAUUUACGCAGUCUGCCUCAGCCAUAUGUUUGAAUUACAAACAGCUACAUACCAAGCAAAAAUUAAGCUACACCUGGUUGGCAAUCCAAUGUGUGUAUGUGGCUGGUGUAACAUUUCUGUAUUGCAUAUGGUUGGACUCAUCUCUUAGUUUUCUUGAAUGGUCGAGGAGGAGCAUAAUUUAUGAUACUAUUUCUGCCUGUUCAAACAUUCUUUAUGUUCUAGCCGAGAGAUGGGAUGCUGCAAAGAUGUUUAGGAAUUCUUUCGAACGUAUCUCUAGAGCAGUUUUGGCAAGUAUCGACGAGGCAACUGAUUUAGAAGAAAAAUCCAAGGAGCAAACAGUGACAUUUAAUGACAAGGAAAAUACUACAUUUAGACCAGGAAUCAAGAAAAUCCUCAGUCCUUAUCAUCAAGAAGCAUUGGAUUACGAAAUUGAGGUCAACGAACCACACUCCUUUCACAAAAAUGUUGCUACUGACGGCCUGUCUUUUGCAGUUCCGUUGUCUCCCUCAAAUGGUUCUUCGCCACCAAUCAACGAUAAAACUAAUGGAGAAAAUAUUGUCGGAGAGGGGCUGAAUUCGUUAUGGGAUUUCUUGAACAGCACUGCUGAUAACUUUCUGAAAGAUAUGUUUUACGAUUUAGAAGAAAAAUUCGACACAUUUUAG